AUGCCCACUUCAGUUGCGUUCCUGGUGCACCCUAGAGCUCCCCUUCCAGCCCCCCAACCCCCCACCACCCCCACCCCGCGCCACCGUGGGAACCUGACGCCCUACACCGGCUGCUACACCUGCGCUGAGAACAAACAGGGAGCUUCAGUGUGUUGGGUGAGGGUGGGCGCUGCCUGGAGACCACAGAGAAAGCCAGCUGCCGCCUCCCUGGUUAAGCCUGCGCUGGGCUGGGAACCGAACCAUACCCCACCUUCACCCCGCCUCACUCCUGUUUAUCCCGGGGUGUUCUCGCCGCUACCCCGGCCGCCCCUCGAUUCCCCAGGUCACUCUUCCUCCAGGCAGCCCUUUUCCCAGCGGAGCGAGAAAGCUGCCCUAUCCCCAUCGCUGCCCGCUGGGGAGGGUUCCUUGGGCGCUUUGCGUGGAAGCCUGGGUGUUGGGCCUGAUGUAGGAGGUGAGGGUGCGGGAAACAAAUGCGGGGGCUACCCCGAGGCGAAGAGCUGCAGGGAAAGACCAGCGAUGGUGUCACGGUCACUGCGGCCACUGCGGCAUAGUAGGGUACCGUGGCGCUUCCCGCGGGCUAAGGCGUCUGCGCCGCAGCCGGUGAUCCCAGGGUCUUGGGGGCCACCUCCUGGUUCCCCGACCCACCAGGAAAAGAUGCUAAGCCCCGCGGCAGCAGCGCCCUACCCUGUCCCUCUUAACGCUGCCUUUUUACCCAGCCUCCCUCCCCGCAACCUCUCCAUCCACUACUAA